CAAUUAUUGUUUAACCUAUUUGAUUACUUGCAAUAAUUGUUUAAUUGUUUAACCCUAAUAUUAACCUAUUUGACUACUUGCAAUAAUUGUUUAAUUGUUUAAAUUACCUUAGUUUUCGAAAAUUGCAUUUCAUGGCAUAACUUCCGCCAAACGGCAAAUAGUUUGCAUUAGGAAACGGAAGUUACGCGGCUUACCGCGACUUUCUUUAGAUAUACCAAAGAAAUCAUUUGGGAGUAUCGAACAAAUAGUCGGAAUGCAGUCAUCCGACGUUGUUCGAUAGCUCCACCCCGAUGUUUGUCCGGCUCGGGUAACCGUCUAUUUGAAAACAACUCUAGAAAGCCUAAGAUAGAGCGAAACCAAAACCGAAUUAGGCAUCAGCCUAGGACGACUUAAUACCCAAGGCGUAUUAAGUCCAUUUUAGUAGAAAACCCGCCAAAUCGCGUCCAAGGUCUUCAACCUCACGACGCAUCAUAUUAUUUGACAUUCGGAAAUGUAUGUGUGAAAACCAACUUGGGGGUAGGGGAAAAAUCUAACGGGUUUCUGUUUUACAGAUAUGGACCGCUUCCCUAAAUUCAAUAUGGUCGUCUUAGCGCCGCCUCAGCUUACGAUGUGGCACAACGACUUGGACGGGGAUCAUAGGCGAACCCUCAACAAGUACGUAGGAGCUUUGACUGAGCUGAUCAACAUGGAUGGUUGGCCAGAGUUAAUCGAGGUGCUUACGGGGUACUGGGACAGUCAGAGGAUGGUCAUCCGUUUCGGAACGGCCGAAAUUACCCCUACGCUAGAAGAGAUAAGGGAUUGCAUAGACACCGUGGGCACUGGUAUAGAGAGGAUAGCCCGAAAACAAGAUGAAAUUUUUAACCCCAACAAACCUUCCGUAGAGAACAUCGCGGAUUGGUUUGGACUAAGGAAAGACUUCACUUAUUGGUGUCAGGAUUCCCACGUGAUUUUUAGGGACCUCAACAUUAGAUUCGAACACGCGAGUUUCUACGCCGCGUACAAUUGGGAGUUUAAGAUUUCCUACAGGGAGUGGAACGAGGUCCGCCCCCUAACGUUUGCCGUGGCAUUGUUGGGAACAAUGGUGUUCCCGCACGGUCCGAGAUUGAGCAUCAACACCAGAGUCAUAACGCUCGUUCAUACGUUGUUCAAAGGAUACGAAAAUCAACGAACAACAAAGUACUACUCCGUAGCUCCAGUCAUAUUAUCUGACAUAUAUCGAGCCUUGGGUAAGUGCAAAGAAGGACACCGAUAUUUCCAGGGGUGUAAUCUGCUCCUCCAAUGGUGGAUUCUCAGCCACUUGGCGAAGGGUGCUGGAACUCGGGAAUUGCACACUCUCGACAACAAGAACACUCUCAAGGACCUAAACGACUUACUAUUCUGGGCUAACAUGGACAAUCGGAAAACAAGAGGAAGAUGAGACCAAAUUUUCUCCGAAUUGAGAGAAGAGGACCUCCAAUGGAUGCUGGACCGUUUUAUAUCCAAGAUGUUGUUGUGGAGAGUCGCAGAUGUGUCGUUCUCCCUCUACCAGGUAUUCGGGGAAUUCACCCUUACGCGCCAUUCCGAGUCUUGCGACAAUUCGGAAGAAAACAGACCAUGCCUAAAGAAGCGUAUUAUGGCGCUUAUGUGUACGACAUUGGAGACGACAGAGUGCAUGACGCUUCGGAAAUGCUCAGGGAGUGGAAAAACGCCAAGCGUAUGGGUAAAGACACUAUCGCCCUUGACCGAUUCAAUGCUGGAUAUGACGAAAGUUACUAAGAGUGGCUGAAGAAGGACAUACAGAGAGGCCAAAGCAGUGGCCGAACUGCAAGAGAUGAAGGAAGAUGCCAAUGAGGUCUAUGCCAAGUUCGUAGAGAAUCAAGACGCUCUUGAGAGGGCAACUCGAGAGAUCGAAAGACUGAGGCAGGGGUAUGACAAUUUUGACAACUCGAUCCAGCAGAAAAUCGAUAGGAUGCGAUACGAGAGUCUGGAAGACAAAGGACGUCUGGGUGAAGGUUUUCUGUUGAUGCUGAGGUACAUGUUUCAGCAACACAAAAUCCAGAAAGACGACGACGGAGCAGGACCAUCCGGAGCAACAUAGCGGGCAUCACCCCAGCGCGGGUUUUUACUUGUAUUUACAUUACCUUAGCCCCUGCGUGGGCUUGAUUUUGUUGCACUUUCUAAUGGCCCCUGCGUGGGUUUGUCUUUAUGUCUAUUUCCCUUUUCGAACAUUUUAUUCAUUAUUAAAUAUUAUUUUGGGGGGAAUCAUUUAUUUGGUUUAAAUUCACACGUAUAUCAUUCGAAUGCGCUAGGCCUACCCUUGGCACAAAAGGGUCCCCACGCAUGAUUAGAACGCGAUAUAUAUGUGUAUUUAAAUGCUUAUGUGUUAUGUUGCUUUGAAUGAGGAUGUCAUAAACCCGCUUCUAGCCAGAAAUCCCAAAGAAAUAUACGGAAGCCACUAUUACAAAUGUUCGACCAAAAUUCCCAAGUCUCAAGUUUCUCACUCAAAAGUCCAUUUCCCAUACCACAAAUCCUAAAUACCACUCUAU